UAAGUACUGUACACGAUGAUAUAAGCAACACAAGUUCUCAUGUAGCUUCAUGAGUUGGUGGAAAAACUACACAGUGUCGGUACCAGAACAGAGAUGAGUCUUGAUGCAUACCCAGUCGAGCAGCGGUAGGAGAUCAGAUGCUGCUGCAAUGGCGAUCCCUGCCUCAGUGUGUGGCACUGGGAAGACGUGCUGCCUCUACGGUUCCUGCCGGUGUGCUGAACUUUGUUCCAUCCAGCAGCUCGGUAGACAGGAGCUCCUUGGAACAGCUUCAGGCAUUUGUAUCACAAGCCUCUCACCUCUUUGUGUUAACUGGAGCUGGACUGUCGACUGAGUCAGGAAUCCCUGACUACCGUUCAGAAGGUGUAGGGCUGUAUGCACGCACAAAUCGCCGGCCAAUGCAACACACAGAGUUCAUGCGCAGUUCCAAAGCUCGUCAGCGCUAUUGGGCCCGCAAUUACGUAGGCUGGCCGCUGUUUUCUUCUCAUCUGCCAAAUUCAGCUCACCAUGCCCUGAGGAACUGGGAGGAGAAAGGCAAAGUUCACUGGCUUGUCACUCAAAAUGUGGAUGCUUUACAUUCAAAGGCAGGACACCAGAGACUGACUGAACUUCAUGGCUGCUCACACAGAGUGGUGUGUAUGGGCUGUGGACAGCUGACUGCACGGAAGGAGCUGCAGAAGCAUUUUGCUGCACUGAACCCCGACUGGGAGGCAAGCGCAGGCGAGGUGGCACCGGAUGGAGACGUGUUGCUGGAAGAUGAACAGGUGCUACAAUUCAGGGUUCCUUCAUGCCAGUCCUGUGGCGGCAUCCUUAAGCCUGCUGUCACAUUUUUUGGUGACGUGGUAGACCGUGCAACUGUGCAGUUUGUGCAUAACCGGCUGGCUGAGGCUGAUGCUGUGCUUGUGGCUGGAUCUUCACUGCAGGUGUAUUCUGGGUACCGUUUCCUGUUAGCAGCCAGUGAGAGACGACUCCCAGUGGCCAUCGUGAACAUUGGUCCUACAAGAGCUGACCAUCUUGCUGAGCUUAAACUGAGUGCCCGAUGUGGAGAUGUGCUCUCAAUCCUCAGUGCCGGCUGAGACCAACAACAGCCAAUAUAUAUGGAACAUUUUCCCCACUUUCAGUGAUGCUCAAACUCAGAAAACUUGUCCUUCAGUUUUACUUGAUGGCGUAUAUAAAACCGUUGGACUCUACCUCACUGUGCAACAAUGAAAUGACAAUGCAAAUGUGACUUAAUUAUCCAUUACUGAUGGCAAGCUUGUUUCAUUUAGUUUCAUUAUUAAUAAUGUAAUAAGUAAAUAUGAUUGCAGAGAAUGAAGAGGAGAUGAAAAGGUUAGAGGGUUUGAGUGACAAUGUAGAUACUUCAUUUUAAGACCUGAUAACAGUCACUCCUUUUUUUAACUGUUUAACUCAGGGUAACUCAAGUCAAAGUCAGAAAUGUGUGGUGUUCGUAAGCUUUCACCUGUAGCAAUUGAAUGGUUUUAAUUAGUUUAUUGCCAACUAAAUACUGAUAAACUGAUUUGGGUCACCGGGCAUUUGCCUUAAUUCAUAUUAGUACAUAUAAAAAUAACAUUUGCAAUGGACUCAUAUGAUAAUAUGAAGAGUUAAAUGUUUUUGGUUGCAUAGGACAUUCAGGUCAUUAUCUCAUUGUUGACUAAUACUCAAUAUUUAAGAUAAGUGUAUGCAUUUACGCUUGUACCUCUGAACCCUAAAAUGUGAUUUGUAAAUGCUUAACUGCUGUUUAGUGGCUGUUGCUGAUUUGGGUCAAAUUGUAGUUUAUCAUAUUGUCAACCUAAGGUGGAAAAACAUAAUCAUUGGGGUGUUUUAGAUUUAUAAACAUGAUUUAUAAACUUUAUUUAUAAAUGUGAAUAAACUAGACUUGCCAAUCUAGCUGAAGUAGGUCAAAUUGUAGCUAGAUUGUGGUUUGGCUAAAUAAAUCUCUAAGAACUUUG